AUGGCGGCGGCGGCGGAGGCGGCCGAGGGCGGCCGGCCGCUGGGCGCCCUGCUGGGCGCCAUCGCGCAGGCCGCCUACCACGGGCAGCCGCUGGCGGAGGAGCCGCUGCGCGGGCAGCUCUACCCCGAGGCGGCGCCCGAGGAGUUCCGCGCGCUGCGCGCCAAGAUGGGCGGCCUGCUGCAGUCAAUCGCUUCAGCAGACAUGGAUUUGAAUCAGCUGGAGGCUUUUCUCACUGCCCAAACGAAGAAACAGGGUGGCAUCACAUCAGAUCAAGCUGCAGUCAUUGCAGACUUCUGGAAGAAGCACCGAGCGAAGAUCCGAGAGAGCCUCAUAAGUCAAAGUCAGUGGGAUAAUGUUUUAAAAAACAUGAACUGGAGAGUCGACUUGAAGUCACAGUCAAGACACAUCGAUCAAAUAAAUACCCCUGUUGCAAUAGUUGAGAUGGAACUGGGAAAAAAUGGGCAGGAAUCGGAGUUCCUCUGUCUGGAAUUUGACGAGGCCAAGGUGAACCAGAUGCUGAAGAAGCUGUCGGAGAUCGAGGCGAGCAUGAGCUCGCUCACGCAGGCCUCGUAGCUCCUGCCGCAAAUAAAGAGAUUGCAGCGCACGCGGCGUGCCAGCGCGGUGCUUCCUCCUCAUUCCUGCUCCUUUAUGGGAAAUAGCUAAGGAUUUUGUAGCUGGAGGGAUGUGCCACCCGUUCAGGAAUGAUGUGGGCUAAGUUGGCCCUCCGAGCUUCCUUCUGCCUCCCGUUCCAGGCCUGUUCUCCGUGGCCGUAGCRGAGCCGCUGGCCGAAGCGCUGGAUGCUGCACGGAGCUUUGCAUACCCAGGGCUUCGCUUUAAGGGAAUCUCUGCU